GAAGUACUUCCGGGAGGAGAUUUGACAGCAUCGUGGUUCCUCGUGUUUUGGAUGUAUUUUGCGCUUUCAUACGAUUAAGCUUGGAAAGGCGUGCAGCAAGGACGAACUGUCAUUGUUUGGGGUCCCACUCUCUCCACAGACAGAGAUGUCAGAGAGCGGGGAGUGUGAGCCCGCCGGUGCCACCUGCAUCACCGUCACCAUCGGGGCCACUGUGCCCACGGGGUUCGAGCACACGGCCGCAGAGGAGGUCAAGGAGAAGAUCGGCGUGGAUGCUAAAAUAAGCAAAGACCGAGGAAGAAUAUAUUUUUCAAUAACCACUGACAGCCUUUUUCAGGUUCAUCGUCUGCGGUCUGUGGACAACCUCUUUGUUGUGGUUGAUGACUAUGACCAUUACGAGUUCAAAGAAUCAAAGGAGGAGACAUUGGCAGAACUGAAACUGCUCGCUUCCAAACUUCCCUGGAAUGAUGCUUUGGAGGUCUGGAAAUUAAAUAGAUCUUUUAAGAAGAAGAAAAGUCAUCGCAGAGGAGACAAUAAACUCAAAGUUAAACCCGAGGAUGGUCAAGAUACAGCAGAGGUCCAGAAUGAGCAGGGGGAGCUGCCUGAGGGAGUGUCCGAAGACCAGUCAAUUGCUGACGUCACUGACCAGACUGAAGUGUCAACUCCAGACCAAGAGGAACUAUCUGAAACUAAGGUCAUGAAGUUUCGUGUGACAUGCAGCAGAGCAGGGGAUAAGCACAGUUUUUCUUCUACUGAGGCUGCCAGAGACUUUGGUGGAGCUGUGCAAGAAUUUUUCCAAUGGAAGGCCGACAUGACAAAGUUUGACAUAGAGGUUUUACUUAACAUACAUAAUGAGGAAGUAGUGAUUGGCAUUGCCCUCACAGAAGAAAGUUUACACAGGAGAAAUAUCAGUCACUUUGGACCUACCACCCUGCGCUCCACCCUCUGCUAUGGGAUGUUAAGACUGUGUAAACCUCAGCCAUCCGAUAUUAUACUUGAUCCAAUGUGUGGAACGGGAGCUAUACCUCUAGAGGGAGCCAUUGAAUUUAACAAUGCUUUCUACAUAGCUGGUGACAACAAUGACAUGGCAGUUAAUCGCACCGUCAAUAACGUGUUCCACUUUCAGAAACAAAGAGUGGACAAGGGCAGUGCAUUUGGGUUACCCAUCGACACAGUAAGAUGGGACCUCUGCAACUUACCCAUGAAGACAGGCUCUGUGGACAUUAUUAUUACAGAUAUGCCUUUUGGAAAAAGAAUGGGCUCUAGGAAGAAGAACUGGGACCUUUACCCGUCUUGUCUUAGGGAAAUGGCCCGUGUGGUCAGACCAGGCUCGGGAAAGGCUGUGCUGUUGACACAAGACAAGAAGUGCUUUGCCAAGGCGAUCUCUCGGAUGGGCGGCUUGUGGAGGAAGAUGCACACUGUGUGGGUGAAUGUGGGGGGCUUACACGCCGGGGUCUACCUCCUCAAACGCACCGGAGGCGUGUUUGGACAAACACCUGAGGACAUCUAUAAUGUACCACAGGGGGACGGAUCGUCUCACAGGGACAAGGACAGCUCUGAGACAUCCUAAUAUAUAUCCAAGGAUUACAGCAUUCAUCUCACGUUGCCAUUUGUUGUUUUUGGUUUAAAAAAAAAAAAAAAAAAUGAAUGUAAAAUACUCAGUCAAGUAUACGGUUUUAGUCAUCUCUGUUGAAAGUUCAGUUCCACAUUUUGCCAUAUUUAGAU